AUGGUAAGUGGUAGCUAUAAAACUUAUUAAAUAACUAGACUGGCUAAGUGGUAGCUAUAUAUAUCUUAUUAAUAUAACUAUGACUGGCUAAGUGGUAGCUAUAUAUAUCUUAUUAAUAUAACUAUGACUGGCUAAGUGGUAGCUAUAUAUAUCUUAUUAAUAUAACUAUGACUGGCUAAGUGGUAGCUAUAUCCCUUAAUAAUAUAACUAUGACUGGCUAAGUGGUAGCUACAUAUCUAACUCCAUUCUGAUUCGUUCCCUCUCCUCCUCCCUCAAGCAGAGUCAAGACAGUGGAUCUGAGUCUCAGCUCAACACGGUCUCCAGCCUAAAAGAUGCUCUGGAGCGCUUUGAUCGUAGCCGGACCCCCUCUUCCACCUCCCUAUCCUCACACAAGACCUCCUCACACAUCUCAGACAACACCUGUACCUGUAAGAGAACACCACACACACACACACACACACACACACACACACACACACACACACACACAUCGCAGACCACUCACACGUACACACACACACACACAUCGGUAUCUCUGACUAUAAUGGGAUCUCUCUGUCUCCAUAGCAACAGCUUCCAAGCUCCACAUGGACAUGGCCACGCCCCCUCGUCAGUCACAUGCUGCCUCCACCAUCGAGAUGACAUCACAGAGACGCUCCUCCAUCAGCAGCCAGGUGAGAUCUGAUUGGACAGAAUGCAACAGGACAGAAAGUGAUUAGACAGAACCAAAAAAUAAGGACGUUUGUUUUGACUGGCGAUUGGGCGAGUCCAACAGCUCCUAUUAAAUACAUAAUGAAUGGAAUCUGUUGUGGAGGAGUAGGAGAUGACCAGGUCCAAUUCAACCUGUGAAGAAUCUAAAUUGAUUCGACUCUGAAUCAACUGCAACUGAAUCAAACUCACACUGUAUCUUUAUCUGUUGUCUGUGUGUGUAUCUGUGUUUGUGUGUGUACGGGUGUGUUUGUGUGUGUGUGUAGUCUAUGAGUUCUCAGACCACGGGACACAGUGUGGCUCCCGUCCAUCCUGUGAUACAACCACAACAUCACCAACAACCAAAGCAACACCAACAACAACAACAACAACUACAGCCAAACGUCCAGGUGAGAAACACUAUCUAUCUACCCUACUCACCAUCUAUCCAGGGCGGCAUCCCAAACGGAACUCUAUUCCCUAUAUAGUGCACUACUUUUGACUUAGCCCUAUGGGCCCUGGUCAAAAGUAGUGUACUAAAUAGUGAAUAGGGUGCUGUUUGGGACAGAACCCUAAAGUGUGACGAUCCUACAGCCAUUCAGUACUAGUAUGUCAGACAUCAGAACCUAUUGUAGCCUGACGCUGCUCGCUGGUCGUAGAACAUGGUGGCAACAAUCUCUCUCUCUCUCUCUCUCUCUCUCUCUCUCUCUCUCUCUCUCUCUCUCUCUCUCUCUCUCUCUCUCUCUCUCUGUCUCUGUCUCUGUCUCUUUCUCUGUCUCUGUCUCUGUCUCUGUCUCUCUCUCUCUCUCUCUCUCUCUCUCUCUGUCUGUCUCCCUCCCUCCCCCUCCUCUCUCUCUCUCUCUCUCUCUCUCUCUCUCUCUCUCUCUCUCUCUCGCUCUCUCUCUGUUUCCCUCUCUCUCUCUCUCUCUCUUCCCCCAGCCGGUGCUAGAGUUGUCAGCCCAGGUGAAUGCUAUGCAGCACUUAAAGGACCAGCUAGAACAGAGAACCAGGAUGAUUCAGGCCAACAUCCAGAGACAGCAGGAUGAACUCAGAGCCAUACAGGACCAACUACACAGAGUACAGCCCCCAGGCAUACAGGUAGGAUAUAUAUAUAUAUAUAUAGACCCUAUACAGGACCAACUACACAGAGUACAGCCCCCAGGCAUACAGGUAGGAUAUAUAUAUAGACCCUAUACAGGACCAACUACACAGAGUACAGCCCCCAGGCAUACAGGUAGGAUAUAUAUAUAGACCCUAUACAGGACCAACUACACAGAGUACAGCCCCCAGGCAUACAGGUAGGAUAUAUAUAUAGACCCUAUACAGGACCAACUACACAGAGUACAGCCCCCAGGCAUACAGGUAGGAUAUAUAUAUAUAUAGACCCUAUACAGGACCAACUACACAGAGUACAGCCCCCAGGCAUACAGGUAGGAUAUAUAUAUAUAUAUAUAGACCCUAUACAGGACCAACUACACAGAGUACAGCCCCCAGGCAUACAGGUAGGAUAUAUAUAUAUAUAUAGACCCUAUACAGGACCAACUACACAGUACAGCCCCCAGGCAUACAGGUAGGAUAUAUAUAUAUAUAUAGACCCUAUACAGGACCAACUACACAGAGUACAGCCCCCAGGCAUACAGGUAGGAUAUAUAUAUAUAUAGACCCUAUACAGGACCAACUACACAGUACAGCCCCCAGGCAUACAGGUAGGAUAUAUAUAUAUAGACCCUAUACAGGACCAACUACACAGAGUACAGCUCCCAGGCAUACAGGUAGGAUAUAUAUAUAUAGACAGACAGACAGAUCUGCACAG